ACGGGCCAUAGUCUCCGUCACCGAUCGCCGUGGAUUUUGACAUAACUACCUUCGGUUCCGUCUCUUUCACUGGUUCAGUGGUAUGAACAACAUUCGGGCAAUUUUCCUUACUGUACCCAUAUCUUCCACAUGAAAAGCAAAUCACAGGGCCGUAAAUCCAAUAUUCCAUCCUAGCAUUUUGAGCACCACAGAGUUAGCCAUUUCCUAUUCCAGAAGUUGAUAUAUUCUUGCCGAGAAGUCAAUGGAAGGAAUACCAUUAAUGAUUGAUUUCUUAACAUCCUGAUCAGAGAGGGUAAACCUAUCUUCAACAUGUUGAGUACUGCUUUCCCCAUUUUGUUGAACAUCUCAUCUGAAGGAUUCGGAAGAGACGAGAGCAUUUUUUUCACUUUGCUUAUAUUUUUUAGUAAAGAACACGUGUCGAAUAUUUAUUAAGAUACAUGAUACCGUUUGAUUUGGGUAUUAAACUAAAAGUAGGAACCUUUUUAAAAUUGAUUGAUUUUCACUAAAAAACGGAUGUAUGGGAAAGCUAGCUAAUUAUACCCCGCUCUACAGUCUCACUUUUUGAACCAAAACAGAUCUUCAAAAUCACACCAUAGCCGGCUAGUCCUAUAGCCUACUGUGUAGCAGUAUUAUGCCUUUCUCCCUUCUUCAUUCCCUUUUCCUCUCCUAUGCUAAUAUACUUGUUUUCUCUUUUCUGCCUCCAGUAAAUGGAGGAAACUACUCAAUACGAAUUAGAACUGUAGAGGACGUCUUUAGCGACUUCAAAAGCCGUCGUGCCGCCUUGAUCAAAGCCUUAACCACCGAUGCUGAAGAAUUGUAUGAGCGGUGCGAUCCUAAGAAGGACAACCUUUGCUUGUUUGGAUAUCCAAAUCGGCGGUGGGAAGUUAAUCAACCUGUUGCCUAUUUACCUCCAGAGAUACCGGAGCCUACAUUAGGUAUUAGCUUUUGUAGAAAUGGGAUGCAAAGAAAGGACUGGUUCUCACUUGUUUCUGUUCAAAGUGAUGCAUGGUUACUAGCAGUGGCUUAUUUUUGGGGGGCUAGGUUUGAUCAAGCUGACAGGGAUCGUCUCUUCACUAUGAUUAAUGAUCUCCCUACAUUAUAUGAUAUUGUUACUGAAAGUGCCUGGGCACAGGCAAAGGAGAAAUCAUCAGUUUCUAGUAAUAGCAGCAACAAACCCCUGUCAACUGCAAAUGCUAGAGGGUCUGAAUCUGCCGAGUUCUCAAUAAGCAUGCAAACAUUUUAUGAAGAAAGGGUAUCGGAAGUGGAAGAUGAUGACAAGGAGCAUGGGGAAACAUUAUGUACUGCAUGUGGACAAUAUGGUUCAGAUGAGUUUUGGAUAUGUUGUGACAUAUGUGAAAGAUGGUAUCAUUGCAAAUGUGUGAAGAUUACCCCUACCAAAGCUGUGCAAAUCAAGCUAUACAAAUGCCCCUCUUUCGGCAACAGGAGAGGAAGGCCUUCACAUUAAGAUCCUCAGUAGCUUAAACCUCUUUUUGUAUGCUUUUGGCAGCGAACAUUGUAGUUGAUACAGGUUUUUUGUGCGUGGCCGAAGUUGGCCUGUGUAUAUAUAAAAAUCAUACAUUUCUCAGCGUAUAUGUGAAAGUUUUCAGGUGCUGCCCCGAUAAUUGAA